AUGUUGCGUUUGACCUCUGUUCUGUUCCUUGCCUCCUUGGCAGCCAGAUUCGCUGCCGCCGAAGACUUCACGCCGCCGAGUUGCUCUGCUGAUAAGCAGUGUCCUGAGAAAUACCCCUGCUGCUCCGUAUACGGACAAUGUGGCACCGGCGCUUUCUGCCUCGGCGGGUGCGAUCCUCUAUUUUCGUACUCUCUUGACUCUUGCGCCCCAAUGCCGGUCUGCCAGAGCAAAACCUAUAAGUGGGAGAACCUGGAUAAUGCCGCCACGAACAGCAAAUAUCUAGGAAAUGCAUCGGCUUCCGACUGGGUGUACAGCGGUGAACCCAAGUUCGACGACGGAAACCUUGUUCUUACUAUGCCCAAGGAGAGCGUUGGCUCCCUCUUUGCCAACAACCACUAUGUCUGGUACGGCAAGAUUGGUGCCAACAUUAAGAGCAGCCGUGGUGAAGGUGUAGUUACUGCCUUCAUUCUUCUUUCAGACACCAAAGACGAGAUCGACUAUGAAUGGGUUGGCUCCGAGUUGUCUGAAGUUCAAACCAACUGGUACUUCCAAGGCAUUCUGGACUACACCAACGGUGACUCGUCCAAAGUUGAUGGUGAAAACACCUAUGAGGACUUCCAUUAUUACGAAAUCGACUGGUCUCCUGAGAAGCUUGAGUGGUUAAUCGAUGGCAAGGUUGUUCGCACCCUUACCAAGGAAUCCACUUUCAACGAGACCUCCAACCGCUACGAAUACCCCCAGACCCCUGCCAGAAUGCAAAUGUCGCUUUGGCCCGCUGGCCAGGCCAGCAACGCCCAGGGCACUAUCGAAUGGGCUGGAGGUGAAAUCGACUGGGACUCUGAGGAUAUCAAGGAACAGGGCUACUACUCUGCCUCCUUCGGCGAGGUGAAGGUGGAGUGCUAUGACCCCCCGAAGGACACCAAGAAGGAUGGCGAUGUAUCCUACCUCUUCAAGGACGACAAGGGUGAGGAAAGUUCCGUCGAGAUCACCAACAAUAAGACCGUCCUUGCUUCUCUUGGUGCCACUGGCCUUGACAUGGACCUCGGCGGCGACAACGACAGCGACGGCAACUCCACUAACACCAACUCUACGGUCCCCCAGAACCAAGGAGGCACUGGCAACGAACCCGGUUCUCAAACCAGUGGUGAUUCAUCCAGCACUAACGCUCCGGGCACUUUCAACCAAGGAAACAGCAACGGCGAUGACGAGAAUGCCGCGCCCUCCCAGAACGAGCGUGUCCUAAAGGGCUCAUUCUUUGCCGCCCUGGUUGCAGUUGUUGCCUCGAUUGCCAUGUAA